UCAGAAGCCCCCCAAAGUCACAUUCCCGUUGCUUUCCCCCAGUUGCUAAGCAACUAGUAGCAACAGACACCGCCGUUGUGUUUCCCUUCGGGCUGCCUUCGCGGUGACUGCCCUGUCGCUUCUCUUAGGAGCGGGUCCCGUGGACUCUUCAGCGCAAAAAUGGAUGCUCGGAUGAGACACAUUGAAAAAGUAAUCCAGCGGCUUAACCAGUUAAAUCCCGUAACUGAGAAUAUUGGAGAUUUCUUGGAAGAAUCUGCUCAUGUAUUACAGAAUUCUAAAGUGAAGAAUGAAACUUUUUUGAUGGAGACAUUGGCUGGCUGUAUAGAAUUUAAGCCUCUUCUGGAUGUGGUGGUCAGCGCAUUCUAUAGUCGAGAUGGGAAACAUUGCCUGUUGUCUGAACGCAAUCUGUAUAUAGUUGUUUGUUAUUUGGCCAUUUUUCAACUGGAAGAACUUGGACUUCGGGAGUUCAGCAGAAUUAUCAAAUCACUGGAUGUUCCUAAGAUAUGUAAGUUCCUUAGAUUCUUUUUCAAUAGAAUAAAUCUGAGUACAUGGAUAAAAGAUGAAUGGAACAAAAUGUAUGAUUCUGUUUAUGUAAAUAAUAACUGGAUCAAACCAUUGCAAAGAUGGCAGCCAAAAAUACAACAAAUGAUUGAUGGACUCGAUGAUAAAUUCGAUAAACACACUACUAUAACUUCAAAGAUAACUAAACCACAGGAAUUUAACUUGACAGUACCUAAUCCACGAGCUAUACUGAUUCCUGAGCUAAUUCCACAGCAAGAGAAAACAAGACCUGUUCCUGCAAACACUUAUAAGAUUCCUAAAAUGGGUCAGAAACUAGAACAAAUAAAGUCAAAGAAUCGACGCAAAGCAGAGGAACUGCUGUUAGAAGCAAAUAUGAACCAGUUCAGAUGUGCAGCCCCAAAGUUUGAACAUAAAAGUCCCGUUGCAAUGGAAGUUCUAAACCCUAAAAAAAAAUUUCACGCUCAGAGGAUCAAAGGAAAGAUCGAUAAUAUACCAGUUAAACUAAAUGCAACUGCCAUCUUAAGGGAAGGUGUCCUUUAUCAGCGGAAAGUGGAAGAAGAGCUUAACAGAAUUGAACACCUUCUACGAGGAGCCCGAGAUCCAUCUGAAUACCUGGAAUGGCAAGAGCAAAUGCGUAGGAAAGAUUUGGACCAGCAGCUCACAGAAGAAGAAUGUAGGCGGCUGCAAGGAAAACUAAGCUAUGAGGAAGCUAUUGUAGCACGUCAGAAUUGUAUUCGGGAAAAUCAGAAAAAAGCUGAGCAGGAGAGGGAAAUGGAAGAAGUAAUGAGUCACCAUUGUGAACAAAGAAAACUUAAAGAACUGAGGGGAAGACAAAAAACUGUACAGCAGGUGACAGAAGCACGCAAAAAUGUGAAGCAAGCACAAAUGAAGCUCCAAAAAUGUAAACGGCAGAUAGCUCAAGAAGUGGCCGAAGAAAGCCAAGAAAUCCUUGCUCGGGCUUUGAAAGAAGAAGAAGAGAAAGCUAAAAAAAGAUACGAACUCAUUCAACAAAUAAGGGCAAUCGAAUAUGUGCCAUUUAUAAAGAAUAAAUUUGUUGACCUAACACAGACCCCUAAUCAUGGUGUUCUUGGUGAGAUGUCAAUAGUUGAACUGCAAGAACGAUUAGCCUUGUUGAAGGACGCUCAGAAGAAGGCUGAAGAGGAGAAGAGGGAUCAGAUAAUCCAUGAAAAAUACUUGAAGGAACAGCUUCUUUUGGACACCCUGGAACAGAUCUCUGUGUUCAGAGAACAAUUAGGAAGAGCAGCGGCCUUGAAACAGGAGGAAAAGAAAAUCAAAAAACCUUUCCAUGAAGCCAUUUGGAAAGAUAAACGGAUUUUAGAUCUACAAGAAAAAAUAGAGGAAAAGUUGACGCAGCGUAAAAUGCCACCUGGAUCUAUACAAAAUGAACCUGAAAAAUUCAAUAAGGGUGUAAAGAAAUCUUUGAUAUCACAGAAGAGAUCUCAGCGAGAGGAACAUUGGAAAAAGCUGGAAGAAAGUCAAAAAGCACAGUUUAAAAUGCUUCAGCGUGGCUUUAUGUCAAGAGAACUGGCUCAAAAAAUGGCCCAAAAUCAGGCCAUGAUCAAUGGAGCUAGCUCUUGUAUACUGCGACCUCCACGUUUAGUGAUUCAGCAUCAUGGAAAUCCGAGCUAUGGACGUUUCCACAGGCUGACAGAGGGGAUUUGAGGAGUUGUGUCUCCUCCUCCCGGAGCAAAUACCUUUCUCUCUACCCCCCACCCCUGCAGAAAAACCUUAAAUAUAUUGUUUCCAAUAAAAAUGAAAGAAUUUGAGUGAAGCAA